UUUGAAUUUAGUUUUUUAAAAUUAUAUUGUGUUUAGGGAUUUUGUUUAUCCAUUCUUAGUAUAAUUUUGAGAUUUCCUAUAGUUGAUACGAUUAAUGAACUUCUAGCAUAUAUUCCAAACUAUCACCUUCAUUAUGUAGCAACCAUGCACUUUGGCUAGGACUAAAACUACCUCAAGUUUAGAGGUGAUUCCCGACAGGGUUAAACAAAGUAAGUACAAGCAUAGGUCUUCAAAUUCCAGAACAAAAAGCUCUAUCGGUAAUGUUUUCAAUACCUCUUGAAACAAUGACUUCUUCGGUAGCAGAAACAUGUACUUGAUCUAAUCAGAGUAAAGGUUAAGUUUUUGUUUUAUUUGGGAAAGAGACUCUCUCCCACUUUCUCUGCCUGGGAUGAAAAAGAAAGUAGUUAGCCUUAGUUGAUGUGGGAAUGAGUCUUGGGAACCUAAAGGAAGUUAGUUUUAGAAGACUGCUUUAAAUGAAACUAACAUGUUUGCAUUUGUGUAGCUAUUAAUUUUUUGUAAGAUAUGAGAAAGUGUAACUAAAUUGUGGGUUUUAUCAUAUGUCCUAUCCCAACAUCUUAUUUAAUUUUCUACCAGUUCACAAUUCAUUCUAUUAGAGAAAUCUACAUAAAUAUUCUAAUGUACUAUAGCAACUAUAUAAAUAUAUGCCAUUUCAUUGUUAAUCCAAUUUCAUACUCCCUGAGAAGACUUAAAUUACCAUUGGAUACAGUCUCUUUCCUUUAGUACCUUAGGCAGACCAAAGAGUGAUGGAAUUUCGUUCAGCUUGGCAGUGAGUUAUAUUACCCUCCUUGUUUCAGGUUCAUAAUCUUCCCAGAAAGAUUACAAACUCUUGGGGAUCAGGAAUCACAUCUUCUAUUUCUGUUUUCCCAAACACUGAGCACAUUAGGUUGUGUGAAGAGUGGGACACAUAGUAAAUAUUUUAAAACAAAUGAUAACAUAAUCAGAAAUUAUAAAUGAUGUAAAACAAUUGUGAAAGAAUAUAUUUGUAAUCAAACAACGAAUAGACAUUUCUUUCCAUGGGACAUUCGUGUGAAUUUAAUUUAGGUAGCUUUCAAACUGUGAAAAUCUGUGGAGACGCAUGGUGGCGCUGCAGGAUAAUAUCCGCACGGGAAAAAUAUAUAUGUAUUUCACUGGAUGGCAUUGUGGACGCUUAAUCAGUGCACAGGGAGAACAGGGAAGACAGAACAAGCCAACAAGGGGCAACCUAGAAGCCAUUCAAUCGGAUUACAAUAUUCUUCCAAAGUGGACAAAUCCAGAAACACGUUUCCCAGAACGGCAAAGUGGAGCUGAAUCAAUUCUGCAGGAAGCCUUCUGGCAAAGAGCUAUGGAGAAUGGAGGAGAAGAUACUUUGCAGACAAGGCAAGUCCUACUUCUCUUUGUUUUGUUGGGAAUAUCUCAGGCGCACUCUGAGCCUGGGAGCUUUUCCGUGGCAGAGGAAAUGCAAAGUGGAAGCUUUGUAGGCAAUUUGGCAAAAGACCUAGGACUAGAGGUGGGUGAGCUGUCCUCCCGGGGAGCUCAGGUUGUCUCUAAUGAUAACAAACAGUCUUUGCAACUGGACAUAAAUACCGGGGAUUUGCUUUUAAGCCAAAUGUUAGACCGGGAGGAGCUCUGCGGCUCCACCGAGCCCUGUGUGCUGCAUUUUCAGGUAUUAAUGAAAAACCCAUUGCAGUUUUUACGGAUUGAGCUUCAAGUAAGAGAUGUAAAUGACCACUCUCCAAUCUUCUUGGAAAAAGAAAUGCUCCUAGAAAUCCCAGAGAAUAGUCCUGUUGGUGCUGUGUUCUUACUAGAAAGUGCAAAUGAUUUAGAUGUAGGAAUGAAUACUGUACAAAGCUACACAAUAAGCCCCAACUCUCAUUUCCACAUUAAAAUGAGAGUUAAUCCAGACAACAGGAAGUACCCAGAGUUGGUUCUGGACAAGGCACUGGAUUAUGAAGAGCAGCAGGAACUCAGUUUGAUUCUCACUGCUCUGGAUGGUGGGUCCCCACCCAGGUCUGGGACUGCCUUAGUUCGGGUGGUGGUUGUAGACAUUAAUGACAACUGCCCUGAGUUUCAGCAACCAUUUUAUGAGGUGAAGAUUCCAGAGAAUAGCAUCCUUGGUUCACUGGUUAUCACUGUCACUGCUUGGGAUUUAGAUUCCAGAAUAAAUGGGGAAAUAUCAUAUACCUUUUCUCAUGCCUCAGAAGAUAUUCAAAAGACAUUUAAAAUUAACCGAAAGUCUGGAGAAAUUAGUUUAACAGCAUCUUUGGAUUUUGAAACAAUUGAAUCAUACUCAGUAAUCAUUCAAGCCACAGAUGGGGGAGGACUUUUUGGAAAGUCUACAGUCAGAAUACAAGUAAUGGAUGUGAAUGACAAUGUUCCUGAAAUUGCUGUGUCAUCAAUUACCAGUCCAAUCCCAGAAAAUUCCCCUGAGACUGCAGUCAUGGUUUUCAGUAUCCGAGAUAGAGACUCUGGAGAAAAUGGAAGAACGAUUUGUUCUAUUCCAGAAGACCUCCCAUUCCUACUGAAAUCUUCAUUUGAGAAUUACUACACCCUAGAAACGGAGAAAACCCUAGACAGGGAAAGCAGAGCCCAGUAUAAUAUCACCAUCACGGUCACUGAUUUUGGGACACCCAGGCUGAAAACCGAGCACAGCAUAAUAAUCCUCGUCUCUGACGUCAAUGACAACGCCCCUGCCUUCACACAAGUGUCCUACACCCUGUUGGUCCGCGAGAACAACCAGCCAGCCAUGCACAUAGGCAGUGUCAGCGCCACAGACAGAGACUCAGGCACCAAUGCCCAGAUCACCUACUCGCUGCUGACAAACCAGGACCAGCACCUGCCCCUCGCCUCGCUGGUCUCCAUCAACGCAAACAAUGGGCAGCUGUUCGCGCUAAGGGCGCUGGACUUUGAGGCCCUGCAGGCGUUUGAGUUCCACGUGGGCGCCACAGACCAAGGCUCGCCUGCGCUCAGCAGCCAGGCGCUGGUGCGCGUGGUGGUGCUGGACGACAAUGACAACUCGCCCUUCGUGCUGUACCCAAUGCAGAACGCCUCUGCGCCCUGCACCGAGCUGGUGCCCAGGGCGGCAGAGCAGGGCUACCUGGUCACCAAGGUGGUGGCGGUGGAUGGAGACUCGGGCCAGAACGCCUGGCUGUCAUACCAGCUGCUCAAGGCCACGGAGCCAGGGCUGUUUGGCGUGUGGGCGCACAAUGGCGAGGUGCGCACCACCAGGCUGCUGAGCGAGCGCGACGCGGCCAGGCACAGGCUGGUGGUGCUGGUCAAGGACAAUGGCGAGCCUCCGCUGUCUGCCAGCGUCACGCUGCACGUGCUGCUGGUGGAUGGCUUCUCCCAGCCCUACCUGCCGCUCCCGGAAGUGGCGCCCGAGCGCGCGCAGGGGGACUCGCUCACUGUCUACUUGGUCAUCGCCUUGGCCUCUGUGUCAUCGCUCUUCCUCUUCUCUGUGCUGGUGUUUGUGGCGGUGAGGGUGUGCAGGAGGCGCAGGGCGGCGUCGCUGGGUGUGUGUUCGGUGCCUGAGGGCCACUUUCCUGGCCACCUGGUGGAUGUCAGCGGCACUGGCACUCUGUCCCAGAGUUACCAGUAUGAGGUGUGUCUUAGGGGAAGUACUGGAACAAAUGAGUUCAAAUUUCUAAAGCCAAUUAUCCCCAACCCUUCACCCCAGUGGUCUGGGAAAGAAACAGAAGAAACUCCUCCUUUCAACAGUAGCUUUGGGUUCAAUAUUCAGUGACCAUAAUUGAUUUGAUAUUUCAUAUGCAUUUGUGGCACAUACGAAUGUUUAUUUCCCUCAAUUUGCAUGCACUUUAAAUUGUAGUAAUGCUCUUUUUAUUGUGUUUUUCAUCCUUGCUUUUAUGCAAAUGUUUAUGUAGUCAUAAUUGCAUUUAUUCUCUAACCCAUGAGGUCUUAAUUUUUAAAUCUCUUUACAUUAAAAAAAAAGUCACUUUUUGCCCAUAUCCUUCUCUCCAGUUAAAGUUUCACACACACUUAUGUUUAUGGUAAAAUGAAUCAGGUCACUUUGGAAGUAGUUCAAAAAUUUCUUCAUUACACUCUUCUUUUUGUAGUUUCCUUGUGGUUUAAUAAUAGUUACUAGUCACAAAUAUCAUGUUUCUUAAAUUAAAACAUUUAGUUAACAUUUUAAAAUCUUUAUUACUAUUAAAAACACUUUGAAAAUCAUGUAGUAUGAAAGAAAAUUUUAGUCUAAAAAUCUAGUUAUAAGAGGCCAGAAGAGAUUGAGAUAGGGGUAUAGCUAGCUCAGUGGUAAAGCCCUGGGUUUGAGUCCCCAAAUUUUUUAAAGAAAAAACAAAAUCAAAUAAGUAGGAGGAAGAGGAAAAGAAGGAAGAAGGCUUAUUCAUCCUGGAAAAGGAUUGUGAAGGUACAUUGAUAUUGUGGCCACUCAUAUAAUCUUCAAAUAUGAAGCUAUAAUUUUCCAGAUGUCUCACUAACGUUACAAAGCUAGGAUUCAACCCAGUUGAAUUCAGGAACCUGAGAAUUUGCAGAGUAUAAAGUGAGUUUCUGUGCUAAUGUGUAUUUUUCCCCUGUAUUCUCCUUAAUUUUAACGUACAUAUACUGAGUACUUAUUUUCAAUUUCUUCCCCACCAAUAGUAAAAUUAGGUUGCAUGUGUCAUCAACAUUGAUAUAUUACAAAUAAAUGUUUUAUAAACAA